AUGAGCGUUUUGCCUGGUUUACUUUCUGGAGAUGACUCCAUGAGAGGAGACUCAGCUGUGAGGGAAGCUCAAUGGGAGCCACUGGAGGAGUUUAUUGAGCAGUCUCAGAAAUCCUGGAUUGAAGGAGUCUUCGAAAAACGGGAAUGUACCCGAAUUAUACCCAGCUCAAAAGAUCCUCACAGAUGCACUACAGAAUGUCAAGUGUGCCAGAAUUUAAUAAGGUGCUAUUGUGGACGAUUGAUUGGAGACCACCAUGGGAUGGCGUAUCACGGGGCUGCCUCUUCAACUACGGAGGGCCAUGAAGAGGAAGAAUGGUCUGUGGAAAAACACACAAAGAAAAGUCCUACAGAUACCUUUGGCACUAUUAACUUCCAAGAUGGAGAACAUAGCUACCAUGCCAAGUAUAUACGAACAUCUUAUGAUACAAAUUUGGAGCAGCUAUUACAUCUAAUGUUGAAGGAAUGGAAAAUGGAACUGCCAAAGCUUGUGAUCUCUGUUCAUGGGGGCAUUCAGAACUUUGUGAUGCCCCGCAAACUGAAGCAGGUUUUCAGUCAAGGGCUAAUGAAAGCCGCAGAGACAACAGGAGCAUGGAUAAUAACUGAAGGCAUUAACACAGGAGUCUCCAAGCAUGUUGGGGACGCCCUCAAAGCACAUUCCUCUCAGUGCCUCAGGAAAAUCUGGACAGUUGGAAUCCCUCCUUGGGGAAUCAUUGCGAACCAGAAGGAUCUUAUUGGGAAAGAUGGGGUCCGCCUGUAUCAGACUCUGGGCAAUCCUCUUAGCAAGCUGACCACCCUCAACACCAUGCACUCACAUUUCAUUCUGUCGGAUGAUGGUACCGUGGGGAAAUAUGGAAAUGAGAUGAAACUGAGAAGGAACCUAGAAAAACACCUGUCUUUGCAAAAAAUACAUUCCCGAAUGGGCCAAGGUGUACCAGUGGUGGGUCUGGUGGUGGAAGGAGGCCCUAAUGUGAUCCUUAUGGUGUGGGAGUUUGUCAGAGAAAGCUCCCCAGUUCCCGUGGUGGUCUGUGAGGGCACAGGGAGAGCUGCUGAUCUCUUGGCCUUCACUUACAAACACACAGCUGAUGAAGGGGAACUCCGCCCUUUGGUGAAGGAAGAGAUCAUUCAUAUGAUUCAAAACACUUUCAAUUUUAGUCUUAAAGAGUCCAAUCACCUUUUAAAAAUUCUGAUGGAGUGUAUGAAACAUAGGGAGUCUAUCACCAUAUUUGAUGCUGAUUCAGAGGAGCAACAAGACCUUGAUUUAGCAAUCUUGACAGCCCUGCUUAAAGGUACAAAUUUGUCAGCCUCAGAACAAUUAAACCUAGCAAUGGCCUGGAACAGGAUGGAUAUUGCUAAGAAGCAGAUUCUAGUGUAUGGACAACAUUGGAAGCCUGACUCUUUGGAACAAGCCAUGAUGGAUGCUUUGGUGAUGGAUCGGGUAGAUUUUGUGAAGCUCUUAAUAGAAUAUGGAGUGAACCUGCACCGCUUUCUCACUAUCUCCAGGCUAGAAGAGCUCUACAAUACAAAACAAGGACCAAACAACAUGCUCUUGCAUCAUCUUGUUCAUGAUGUUAAACAGAACAAUCUUCCUUCAGACUAUAGAAUCACGUUGAUUGAUAUUGGAUUGGUGAUAGAGUGCCUAAUUGGUGGAGCAUAUCGGAGCAGCUACACAAGGAAGACUUUCAGAGCCCUUUACAAUAACAUCUACAGGAAACAUAAGAGAGUGGGCGGCUUCGUUCAGAACUUUUCUCAUCCUUCCCUUCACCGGAUCAGUCAUCCAGGAAGCCAGGUUGGAUCUGCUGAAAAUACUUUGCAUUCCCAGUUCAUUAGAACAGCACAACCUUAUAAAGCCAAGGACAAGUCACCAGGCCUUCAUAAAUCAAGAAAGAAGUCAAAGGAAGAGCAAAAUUUACCAGAAGACUCAGACUCUGCUGGCUUUAUUUACCCUUAUAAUGACUUGCUGGUUUGGGCAGUGUUGAUGCAAAGACAGAAAAUGGCCAUGUUCUUCUGGCAGCAUGGAGAGGAGGCUAUGGUUAAGGCAGUGGUUGCUUGUAAACUGUACCGGGCAAUGGCCCACGAAGCCGAGGAGAGCAACAUACUGGAUGGCACCUCAGAAGAGUUAAACAAUUACUCCAAAGAGUUUGGUCAGCUUGCUCUGGAUAUAUUGGAAAAGGCAUUUAAGCAGAAUGAGAGAAUGGCCAUGAAGCUGCUGACCUAUGAAUUGAAAAACUGGAGUAACUCCACCUGCUUGAAACUGGCUGUGUCCGUGGGGCUACGAUCUUUUGUUUCUCACUCUUGUACUCAGAUGUUACUGACUGAUAUGUGGAUGGGACGCCUGAAAAUGACAAAAAAUUCAUCGUUAAAGGUCAUCAUAAGUAUACUUUUACCCCCCACCAUAUUGAUGUUAGAAUUCAAAAGCAAGGCAGAAAUGUCACACGUUCCCCAGUCACAGGACUCUCAGUUUGCAUGGUAUAAUGGUGACCAGACUUCCAGCAGUACCAAAGAAAAUGGCUCAGCGGAUUACGAUUUUGAAAGGGGAUCUGAUGAGAAACCUGAUGAUAGUCAGAACUUUGCCUCACAUCGUGGGCCCCAAAGCCUUCCUAGUACCAGAAAAGUCUACGAAUUCUACAAUGCUCCGAUUGUCAAGUUCUGGCUUGACACGAUGGCAUACUUGGCAUUUCUCAUGCUUUUCACGUAUACCGUACUGGUGGAGAUGCAGCCUCAGCCCACAGUGCAAGAGUGGCUUGUUAUUAUCUACAUUUUCACAACUGCCAUUGAGAAAGUCAGGGAGAUAUUUAUUUCAGAACCAGGGAAGUUCAUCCAAAAGGUGAAGGUGUGGAUUAAUGAAUACUGGAACUUAAUAGAAAGUAUUGCCAUCAGCCUGUUCACAGUUGGUUUUGGCCUUCGGUUGGCUGAUCCUGCCACGCAAAUAGCUGGAAGGUUAAUUUACUGCAUCGAUAUCAUAUUCUGGUACUCACGACUCUUGGACUUCCUUGCUGUGAAUCAACAUGCUGGUCCAUAUUUAACCAUGAUUGGGAAGAUGACAGCAAACAUGUUCUACAUCGUAAUCAUGAUGGCCAUAGUGAUCUUGAGCUUUGGAGUGGCGCGAAAAGCGAUUCUUUCCCCGCACGAGCUCCCAUCUUGGACACUGGCUCGCGAUAUUGUAUUUCAGCCAUAUUGGAUGAUGUUUGGGGAAGUCUACGCCUCAGAGAUAGACGUUUGUGAAAGCGACAAAAACUGCCCUCCUGGUUCCUUCAUUACUCCAUUCCUUCAAGCUGUCUAUCUCUUUGUCCAGUAUAUCAUCAUGGUGAAUCUACUGAUUGCUUUCUUCAACAACGUUUACUAUCAGAUGAAGGCCAUUUCAGAUCAACUGUGGAAAUAUAAUCGCUACCGUUACAUCAUGACUUACCAUGAGAAACCAUGGCUGCCUCCACCAUUCAUCUUACUGAGCCAUAUAUUUCUCCUAUUCCGUUGUGUCUGCCAUCACCGAGCCCCAAAUGAACUGGACCAAGAAGAGGGUGAUGUUGGGUUAAAACUCUACUUAAGUGAGGAGGAUCUCAAGAAGCUCCAUGGUUUUGAAGAACAAUGUGUCCAGGAAUACUUCCAUGAAAAAACAGAGAGCCUGAAUUCCAGUUAUGGGGAGAGAAUACGAGUAACCUCUGAAAGGGUUACAGAAGUGUGUUUCCAACUUAAAGAAGUGAAUGAGAGAGUGUCCUACAUAAAGGAGUCUUUGCUCUCUCUGGACAGCCAUGUGGGACACCUGCAGGAUCUCUCUGCCUUGACAGUAGAUACAUUGAAAGUACUUUCAGCCGUUGACACCCUUCAGCUAGAAGAAGCCAUGUUGACCAGCUCCAAACAUGCCACUCGUAGAAAACUCCCCCAUAGCUGGAACACUGUCAUCUGCUCGGGGAUGCUGAACAGCUUAGAAAACUGUGGGAAGAGGGACUGUCAGUAUUACAGCAUGCCCCAGUCCUUGUUUCAGAGCCGGAUGAGAAGCCACCACCUCUCUGGAAGGCAGAAGCAUUCCCUUGCAGAGAUCGUGGACAGUCAAGAGGAAGAGGACCAAGAAAAGAAAGGAACACCAAAUGGUCCAGUUACUGUGUUCCUUGACAGCAAAUCACCCCCGAAGCUUAGUCAGUUUCUCUUGGUUUCUCCCAGUCCAACAAGGGCUUCUCUUUCAGCUGAAGCUGACAUGGCUCUGUCUCCUACAAAACCUGCAGCUGAGCCUGGGUUGGGUUGGUUGCCAACGGAAUCAUGUGACAAUCAGAAAAAUUGUCCCCUUUGUCUGAAUUGUCAGACUUCAUCUGCAGUUGAUAAAGAGUCAGUUGAAGAUUCCCAUGAGCAGUGUAAUCUUGAUGUAAAUGGAUCAAUGAGAAAGAACAAUGGAGAUCAACUUCUGCCAGCCAGCUCUUCUGUCUCCCAGUCAGUGAAAGUGACUUCACUUCCUUGCCCAACAGACAGUUUAAGAGCAGGAGGUGGCUAUGUGAAUUGGGCAUUUUCAGAAGGGGAUGAUGAAACUGGCGUGUUUAGCACAAAGAAAAAAUGGCAUUCACAAUUGCCCUCCAGGUGUAAGUUGGACUGUUCAGGCAGUGGUGACUGCCAAGUCCAGAUGGGGACAACCAAAUCCCUUAACCACAACUCAGCAAAGUCCCUCCAAUGCAGUAAAAGUUCAAAGUCAGAGUCAUCACUCCAGCCAAACACAGGCAUUUGGAACAAUCCCCUUCGUAGAGAUUGGACCUUUCUCCAAAAUGGCAGCUUUAGAUCCCACAAAGAGAAGAGAUUGAUGAAGACCAGCAAAAGUAAAGAUUUUUCAGGACCCUCAGAGAGGUCCCAGUCAGUGUGGGCCAAAGCAAAACUUCGAAGUAAGGAAAGGAAAUUGUCAAAAGAAAAGAAAAAACCGCAGCCAUUUCAAGUUCCGGUGAUAACAGUGAAUAGCUGCAGCACACAGAUGAAUUCAGAGCCAGCAGAGAAAACGUUUUCAGGGGAAGAAAAAGAGGAUGAUAAAAACCACCUUCUCAUCUCCGAAUGUAGUCAGAUAAAACCACAUAUUUACCAGAAAAUGAAAUCUCAGAAAAUUGAAAGAUAUGCCAUAUGCAUCAGUGACCAUCUGAAGCAAUCCCAUGAGGAUUUGAGCACAAAUGCUCCCUGGAAGACGAGUCAGAGCAGGAGCUCACUGUCAAGAAGUUUGGAAGGAAUCGACAAAAUCUCAGACUCUUUAAAAACUACUCAAGAUCUGCACCAUCAUUAUUCAGCUGUUGAAAGGAACAAUUUAAUGAGGCUUUCUCAAACCAUACCAUUUACCCCGAUACAACUCUUCGCUGGAGAAGAAGUGACCAUCUAUAAGCUAGAGGAGAGUUCUCCUUUGAAUCUCGAUAAAAGCAUGUCCUCCUGGUCCCAGCGUGGAAGAACUGCACUGAUCCAGGUCUUGUCCCGGGAGGAGAUGGAUGGAGGGCUCCGGAAAGCCAUGAAAGUAGUCAGUACGUGGUCUGAAGAUGAUGUGAUCAAGCCAGGGCAGGUCUUCAUUGUCAAGUCCUUUCUUCCUGAAGUGGUACAGACUUGGCACAAGAUAUUUGAAGAGAACACUGUACUGCAUCUCUGCCUCAGGGAGAUCCAACAACAAAGAGCUGCUCAGAAGCUUAUCUAUACCUUCAACCAAAUGAAACCACAUACUAUUCCUUAUACACCAAGGUUCCUGGAGGUCUUUUUAAUAUAUUGCCAUUCAGCCAACCAGUGGUUAACCAUAGAGAAGUACAUGACUGGUGAGUUUCACAAGUACAACAACAACAAUGGGGAUGAAGUCUCUCCCAGCAACAUCUUGGAGGAGCUGAUGUUGUCUUUUUCCCACUGGACCUAUGAAUAUACCCGAGGAGAACUACUUGUUCUGGAUUUACAAGGUGUUGGAGAAAAUCUGACAGAUCCAUCUGUUAUUAAACCUGAAGACAAACAAUCAAGAGGGAUGGUGUUUGGACCGGCAAAUUUAGGGGAAGAUGCAAUUAGGAACUUCAUUGCAAAGCAUCGCUGCAAUUCCUGUUGUAGGAAGCUCAAACUCCCGGAUCUCAAAAGGAAUGACUACAGCCCUGGAAGAAUCAAUUCUACUUUUAAUCUCCGGAAAGAAAUAGAAUCAGUCAAAGAGACUGAGGUAGAAGAGGGUGCUGGUGACCCCAGAGAAGAUCUCACACGCUUAUAA